GUCUUGGAUUUUUUACUUGAGAUUUGAGAUGGAGACGAUGUUGAACUCUCACAGUGAUGAACAGCACCCUCAUCAGGCUGAAGACUUCCACAGGAAGCUUGAGCAGAACAGCAAGCUUUCAGGAAUAAAAAAAGAUAUUGAAAAACUUUAUGAAGCAGUGCCACAGCUUGUAAAUGUGUUCAAAAUUAAGGAAAAAAUUGGAGAAGGUACUUUUAGUUCUGUUUACUUGGCCACAGCACAACUACAAACUGGAUUUGAGGAAAAAAUGGCUCUAAAACACUUGAUUCCAACCAGCCACCCUCUGCGAAUUGCUGCUGAACUUCAGUGCCUCACAGUAGCAGGGGGACAAGAUAAUGUUAUGGGAGUUAAAUAUUGCUUUAGGAAAAAUGAUCACGUGGUUAUUGUUAUGCCAUACUUGGAACAUGAAUCCUUCUUGGACAUUCUGAAUUCUCUUUCCUUCGAAGAAGUGAGGGAAUACAUGUUUAACCUGUUCAAAGCGUUGAGGCGCAUUCAUCACUUUGGUAUUGUUCACCGUGACGUCAAGCCCAGUAACUUCCUCUACAACAGGCAGCUAAAAAAAUAUGCCUUGGUAGAUUUUGGCUUGGCACAAGGAACCCCUGAUACGAAAAUUGAACUUCUGAAAACUGCCCACUCUGAAGUCCAGCAGGAAAGUUGCUCGCAAAAUAAUCCCAUUGUAGCCUUGGGAAAUGGGGUUUCUGUCAGUGACACGGCACCUAAACAGAUACCUCAACAGUCAGCCUCAAAAGCAGCUGAUAGAAGGUCCAGCUCACUUUCAAAAGCACAGAUUAAACAAGGAAGAGGAGGAAAGGAGGACUCUGUGCACCAUUCUGUCCAGCGCUCUGUCUUUGGAGAGAGGAAUUUCAAUGUCUAUAGUUCCACAUACCAGGAGAACUCAAGUACCAAACUCAUAAAACAAGCAAAGGUGAUAGAUGUUUCAUCUAGGAAGUUAGUAACAAAGAAGAAGAUUAUUUCUACCAGAACUGUGAGCAAUGGGGCAGCCAGGAAAGCUGCUGGUGGUUGUCCCUUAAACCUGCCCUGUGACUGUUAUGCAACGGACAGAGUUUGCAGUGUUUGCCUUUCAAGGCGUCAGCAAGUUGCUCCCAGGGCAGGAACACCUGGAUUCAGAGCACCAGAAGUAUUAACAAAGUGUCCCACUCAGACCACAGCAAUUGACAUGUGGUCUGCAGGAAUCAUAUUCCUUUCUCUGCUCAGUGGACGGUAUCCAUUUUUCAAAGCGAGUGAUGAUUUAACUGCUUUGGCGCAAAUCAUGACAGUCCGUGGAUCCAGAGAAACCAUUCAGGCUGCUAGAACUUUUGGUAAAUCAGUUGUGUGUACCCAAGUUGUCCCAACUCAAAACUUACGAACCCUCUGUGAAAAGCUGAGAGGAACAAACAGUGGCUGUAAGAGAUCUUGGGGAGAAGUGCCCAUUGGGUCUGAAAACAACUCAGCUUUGCCAUGUGCAACAGACAAACCAUGUGCUCCUGAGACACUUGGAAAACAAAGUCAACACCGAAAAAGCUUUCAGGAAGGUGAUGGUGCUUUGGAAAUUAAGACAACUGACAUGAAAGGAUGGGAUCAGGUUCCUGAUGAAGCAUAUGACUUACUUGAUAAGCUACUAGACUUAAACCCUGCAACAAGAAUAACUGCAAAGGAGGCUUUGCUGCAUCCUUUUUUUAAAGACAUAAGACUCUGAGAAGAUCCCAUAUUCUGUUAUUCCUUUCAUGUGUUUUAUGUGGAAAUGAGAUACUGAGGUAGUUUUACCUUGUUGCCCUCAACAUUUACACUCAUUGAAAUAACAUCACACUGUGCUCUGAACUACUGAAAUUUUGUCUUGUACAGUUAGACUGCAAAUGUCAGUUUAAGAAAUACGUGCAGAUGUAAAAGUUACAUAAACAUCACUAACAUGGUCUUAUCGUAAGACACUUCUGAGGGGUUAUUGCUGUGCAUACCUGUUCUCUGAGAAAGUUAACUUUGAUCAAAAACAACAAAGAAAAAGAGUUUCAUAAGCUUUAUGCUUAAUUCUCGAGAUAUUCCCUUAAAAUUUACAAAUUUGCCUUAAGGUAUGACUGAAAUAAGAAAGUGCUUGAGAGACUUUUUUCCAUACUUGCAUAUUUCUGCUCUGUUCCUGUUUAGUACAUGGGGGACUGAAAAUGGAACAAAGUGUGUUCGUUUUAUUCAGACUAUUUUCAGAGAGCAGUAUUACUUUGGAAGUGUUGCUAGAGGAGAGGCCAGGUGCUGGAGGUUAUAUCAUCAAAAGAAAAGCAUAAGUUUUAAAACUACUUUUUUUUUCCUGUCUGGCCUUUCCCACCCACUUAGGCAGUUAUAACAAAUGCAGUACUCAUUUUGCAUAGCCCAUAUUCCUCAGUGCCACAGGUAACUGUCAAUAUUCAAUAGGUGCUGCCUUCAGAAUCUCUCGUGUGACAGGCAUAGGUUUGAUUUCUGUU